AUGGUCCUGAUCUUCACCUACUUCUUCUACUGCCUUACCGGAUUCUGCGAUUCGGCUCCGAGAAGUUUAUACAGCCAACAAGCUUCAGACUAUGACAUUCUGGACGAUCAUCGCCGCGUUUUGGACGAGCUGCGACCAUCAUCGCCGCGUCUCUUCCCAGACGCGCCGUCUCGCCGGAACCGCACAGCCUCCGCGGACGCAGAACAGGUGGACGCGCCUGGACAGCUGCCUCAACACAUGUCGGACAGCGCAAAGGAAAGCGCCCAGAAAAACGGCAUCCCUGUGUCCAACACUUUCGGGACCAAAAGGUUUCCGCAGGCGAUUAUAAUCGGCGUGAAGAAAGGAGGAACCCGCGCCCUGCUGGAGUUUCUCCGCAUCCACCCGGACGUAAGAGCGGUCGGCGCGGAGCCUCACUUCUUCGACAGGUUUUAUGAUAGAGGACUGGAGUGGUACAGGAACCUAAUGCCUCGGACGCUGGAUGGCCAGAUCACCAUGGAGAAGACCCCCAGCUACUUUGUCACAAAGGAGGCUCCUAGCCGUGUCUGCAUUAUGAACUGCCAAACCAAGCUCAUUGUUGUGGUCAGGGAUCCUGUGACGCGGGCUGUAUCUGACUACACCCAGACACUGUCCAAGAACCCAGGCCUUCCAUCCUUCCAGAGCCUGGCUUUAAAAAACUCCACCACAGGUGUGAUUGACACCACGUGGAGCGCUGUGCGCAUCGGCCUCUACGCCAAACAUCUGGAGAACUGGCUUCAGUACUUCCCCUUGUCUCAUUUUCUGUUUGUUAGCGGUGAGCGGCUGGUGUCUGAUCCGGCAGGGGAGAUGGGCCGAGUUCAGGACUUCCUGGGUCUGAAAAGGGUUGUUUCAGACAAACACUUCUACUUCAACCAGACCAAAGGUUUUCCCUGCUUGAAGAAGCCAGAAGGGAGCAGCAGACCUCGCUGCCUUGGUAAGUCUAAGGGCAGACCCCAUCCCCAAAUCCCAUCCGAGAUCCUACAGAGGCUCAGAGACUUCUACAGGCCCUUCAACCACCGUUUCUACCAGAUGAGUGGACAAGACUUUGGCUGGGACUAAUAGGGGAGAUUCCUGUCAUAGCCCAGAUAAAAAGAGAUGUUUUUUUUUUGGCCUUUUCCACCUUUAAUGUUUGACAGGACAGCUAGGUGAGAAAGGGGGAAGACAUGCAGGAAAUUGUCACAGGUCAGAUUUGAACCCAGGACCUCUGCAUCAAGGUAUAAACCUUUCAGUAUACAUGCACCUGCUCUACCCACUGAGCCAACCUGGCCACACCCAGUUUUGCUGUUUAAUGCUCCACAGGACUAACGUUCUCAGGUACUGGGUAAAGGAAUACUAAGUCCACCAACUUCUGCCUCAGUAUAGACUCAACAUGACAUGCAGCACAUGAACUGUUACUUUUUUUAUGUAGAAUAGAAGCCGACAUGAACACAGUGCUGCCAAUAUGCAAGUUACACACAUGGUUAAUGGCUUAUUUAUUAAACCAUUAAAAGAUUAAUGUUAAGCGGAAGUUAGAAGAAAAGUACAUACCAAAGGGAUGGAAAAAAACAUUGCCUUUGAAUAUAAUUUUUGACUUUUGUUUAUAAAAUAAGCUGAUAUUUAUAGUUUCUGUUGAUUUGAAAUACAACAGUUACAGAUUUAUUUUAUGAAAGAAAUGUAUUUAUUACACCACAAGGCAAGACAUAAAACUGAAUUAUGUUUUCAUUGACAGGACAUUGGAAAAAAUGUCAUACUCCACUUUUUAAUUAUUAGCAGUGUUACUUUGACUGCAUAAUGUUUUCAUUACAUUUUCUGUUUCCAAAUGUCCUUUGAAAUGCUACAUAUCUUAGUUUGAUGUUGCAGGGUAUUUCUCUGUACAUUGCAGUUGAUAUACCAAUGAUACCUCAUCUGUUAAUAUUAAAUGUGUUACAAUGAUCAGAAACCACACAUACACACUUUCCAUUUGUAGGCAUUUGUAGAUAUUUCUCCUCUCAAAGCCACACAUAUUUUAAUUGCCUUGAACAGUACUAACCAUAUCCACUGUUACUCACUUAAAUAAAUUACUGUUUUGAGCUGUGAUUGUUUUCAACUAUUUAAAACUCCAUAUGUAAGGUACACAAAGCACAGUGGUGUGUUUAAAACUGUAAUUCUGAUGCUUUGUGUUGUGAAGUAAAGCUGUAUCUGACAUGA